GUGAAAUGUUCACUUUGUGCGAUAAUUAUUCCUAUUCCUAUAUAUUAUGCUGCGAUAAAUUAUUAGGUUUAUUGGUAUUCGCUGCAUUGUUAGUCAGUUACAGAGACAUAAAAGUCAAAGUCCAGCACAACUGAAUUUGGAAUAACACGGCCAUUCCAAUCAGAAAUAUAUUGAUAUUUUACAAGCUGCCACUCAAUCAAGUAAACAGUGAUGCAGUUUUAUCAUGCAUAUCGAUAUGUACAGACACUUUGUUGAAGUGAAGCAAUGCUCAUUCUUCAAAUAGUAUUUCAGAUCUUCAGUGCUUUUCAGUUUCGCCAUACACUUACUUGUUACGGAUAUCUAAGGUAAGACCAAUAGGAAAAACCUUCUAUGUAUUUCUCAUGCUGCAUGAGAUCUUAUCAAUGUGUAAUCUCAGUAAUAACUGCACCUAUUUCUACUGACAGCGUAGUUAUGGAUGAACAGAAUGAUAUUAGAGUAUCAAAAUGUUUUUGUAUACUUCUAAGCUGUGAGUCAUAUUUGUGAAAAGGACAUAGGAAACGUUUAAAAGCUACUCAAAGAUUUUUUAGUUACUAAACCUAGUUUUUUAUAUGUUUUACUUCUGUUCAAAGAAGUAAAAAUUCAUUUAUUUCCAUUUUUGAGAAUCCAACAUGGUAGGAAUACCAACAAAUUGCCUCUAGUCUAAAUACACCUUUAAUAAUUUGACAGAAAUUUCUCAAAUAGGUUAUAUUACUGUUCCUGUGGCAGAUUGAAUGCAUGAUAAAGUAUGUCAGACGGUCAUAAACCUAAGCACAAUGCGGUUGAGCAGCCUAAGAGUGCAGGAUUCCGAUUAUUACCAAAAAUCGUUAAUGGCGGGGUGGCUGGUAUAGUUGGCGUAGCAUGUGUUUUUCCAUUGGAUCUGGUGAAAACCAGAUUGCAAAACCAGCAAACUUCUUUAGGUGUAAAAGAAUACAGUGGCAUUAUCGACGCUAUCAAGAAGACUUUUAGAUCAGAAGGUAUAGUGGGAAUGUAUAGAGGUUCCUUGGUCAACAUAAUAUUAGUUACUCCUGAAAAAUCAACUAAACUGGCAGCAAACGAUUUUUUCAGACACCAUUAUCAAACUCGAGAUGGGAAAUUACCACUAUUGAGAGAAAUACUUGCUGGUGCAUCAGCUGGUCUAUGUGCAAUUGGAAUAACAACCCCUAUGGAACUAAUCAAGAUACAAAUGCAGGAUGCGGGACGAGUUAAUGCACAGUUGAGAAAAAGUGGUAAACCUCCGAUAGACGCUAGCUUCAUGAGAGUAGUGACAAAUAUAAUGAAGUCUGACGGUCCGUUAGGGUUCUUCAAAGGAGUAUCCGCAACAUUUUAUAGGGAUUUCGCUUUUGCCGUUAUAUAUUUUCCUUUGUUUGCAAAUUUAAGAGCGGCUGGCUUCACGAUGGUAGAUAGUUCUGGGAACUCACAGUUUUUGGUUAACUUUGUAUCCGGGGCAGCAUCUGGUAUCAUUAGUGCAGUAGCCGUGACACCUGCUGACGUCAUGAAGACACGAUUUCAAACUACGACCAAAGGACAAGGUGAAAAAACAUACAGUGGGACCUUAGAUGCUAUAUCAACUAUUAUGAAGCAUGAAGGCCCCAAAGCAUUUUUCAAAGGUGGAGCUUGUAGAGCGAUGGUCAUAGGUCCUUUGUAUGCUAUUGCUCAAGUAGUCUACUACAUAGGUAUAGGCGAAUACUUUUUUGGAGUAGACAGUGCUGCGUAGAAGGAAUUUACAAAUCAAUUGUACUUUAAUCAAAUAAAGUCAACGGUAUUCUAUUUGAACAAAUAAUUAUUUCCGACAUUUGCAUUUUUAAUAACUUAUUUUAUAGUUACUAGUACUAACCCAACAAAU